AUGUUUAACAGCCGCUCCUUCGACAUAGUCGCCGCCUACAAGUCCGUGCGCCUCGACAACGCCGACGAGGAUGGGGACAGCAGCAGCAAGGACGCCCUCCCGGCAGACUUCUUCGAUGCGCCCGCGGAGGACGAAGAGGGUGGCCGCUUCUUUGGCGGUGGUGUUGAUAAGAAGCAGGCUGAGAUUCUAGACUACGUUGACGAGCGGGAGCGCGAGGACGGCGCGGCUGCGGUAGAGACGAUUGACACGGCAUGGCUGCGGCGUACGGCGCUGGCGUUUGAGAAGAAGAUCAGCAAGAAUGCCGAGAUGCGCGGCAAGUUUGAGGAUGAUCCACACAAGUUUAUGGCAUCGGAGGCGGACCUCGACGCGGAUAUCAAGGCGCUCAGCGUGCUGUCGGAGCAUCCGGAGCUGUUUGAGGAGUUUCGCAAGCUGGGAUGCCUCGGAAGUUUGGUGGGACUGCUGGCGCAUGAGAAUACGGACAUUGCGAUUGAUGCCGUCGAGGUAAUUAGUGAGCUGACGGACGACGAGGUAGAGGCGGAACCGGAACAGUGGAGCGCGCUGGUGGAUGGAAUGGUGGAAGCGCAGCUGUUGGAGAUGUUGGCCUCGAACCUGGAGAGGUUGAACGAGAGCAUUGAGACAGACCGACACGGCGUAUAUCACACUCUUAGCGUAUUCGAGAACCUGGCUUCCCAGCAAUCCCUAGCAGACCAAAUCGUCAGCACGACCCCGCUCCUCCCAUGGCUCCUCACGCGCAUCCAAGCCCGGGAAUCCCCGAUCUCCCAGAACAAACAAUACGCAGCCGAGCUGCUCGCCAUUCUUCUCCAAUCCUCACCUCCUAACCGCCGCAAACUCACCUCCCUAAACGGCGUUGACAUCCUCCUGCAGCUGCUCUCCCCUUACCGCAAGCGCGAUCCCGUAAAAGGCGGUGACGAGGAGGAGUUUGUCGAAAACAUCUUCGAUGCCCUUACCGCCAUUGUAGACGAACCUGCCGGAAAGGAAAACUUCGUGGAAGCCGAGGGUGUCGAGCUCGCGCUCCUCAUGCUGCGCGAAGGCCGCAUGGCAAAGCCGCGGGCUCUCCGCCUCCUUGACCACGCAGUCGGUGGCCUGCAGGGCGCGCCGGUCGCGCUCAGGAUUGUAGAUGCCGCCGGGUUGAAGACACUGUUUGGCAUGUUCAUGAAGAAGAGCGACAGCGCUACGACAGAGCACCUCCUCGGUAUUUUUGCCGCGCUGCUGAUGCUGCUGCCCGCAGAGUCAUCGGCGCGCAUCCGCACGCUGGCCAAGUUUGUCGAGCGCGACUACGAGAAGAUCGCUAAGCUCCUCAAGCUGCGAUCCGGGUAUGCAGCACGACUCGGAGUCGUGGAGCGGGAAAUUGCGGCGCAGAAAGCAGCGAUGGAAGAGGAGGCGGAGGAGGACAUAGAGGAUAUGCGGGAGGAGUGGGAGUCGCGGCGGCUGGAUGCUGGGCUGUUUUGCGUGCAGGUUGUAGACCUGGUGCUGGCGUGGUUGUGCGCCGAGGAUGACGCCGCAAGGAGUAGGGUCAAGGAGGGACUUGGGGGCAGCCUGGAUGCUGUGAGGAGGACGCUGGAAGCGCAGAUUGGCGAUUUGGCGGCGGCGGCGGAGGCAGAGGCGGAGGGCGAGGCGGCGGAGACGAGGGAUAUGCUCAGUACGCUGGUCAGGUUCUUGUAG